GAAGCAAUCAGCAACGACGAGAAGAGCAUAAUGUCGUCCACAUCAAACGUGGUCGAUCCCCUGCGCGCCUACCUCGAGGCCGUCACCGCCAGACUUGCAGUGUUGGAAGCCCAUUGCGGGGUCAACACCGCCUCAAGCCCGCCUCCCUCGCCUGGGAAGGCUUCUGCAGCACUCCAAAAGGUUCCUUCUGCUCGGCACAUUGCGGCCUCUGGUAAGAUCUUUUAGGCAAUUUGUUCUCACACCAUGGUUAGUCGCAGGUGAAAAGGAAGAAACUUUCUACUAACACGAACAUUUCGUAUGAUGCUCCCCGUACACGGUCCGACAAUAUUUUUAAAUUGAAAAAAUUGGGAAUAAAGCAACCGAAUCAGCCGCUGUGAAGGCCUUUGACAAAUAUUCCAACACCACUGUUUAUAAGUUUGCCGAUGUAUGCGACGAUUUGGACAUCGGAGACGUCGGAAAACUAUCUGUGGCAUUCUUCGAGGGCAUGCGAUAUGUUAUCAUUUUGGCAUCGAAAUCAAAACAACCUACUGAUAUGACAGAGCUUGUGGAACAUCUCAAACCUAUCACGGAACCAAUGAAGGAAAUUCGUGGUCUUCGUUUGAAACGCGAAUUUGACAAUCACCAGAAGGCGAUAUGUGAAAUGAUGGCGUGUUGCUCGUGGGUAACUUGCCGUGCCCCCGCACAACUUCCGGGGCCCUUCGUCAAGGAAUGCGUGGGGUCCAGUGACUUUUGGUCCAACCGCAUUCGCAAGGAAUUCAAGGGCAAAGAUGAUGAGAAUGCUAAGCUCCAAAUUGCAUUCUGCGAUACUCUCAAGGCAACAAUCGUCGAGUUGUCCGAUUACGUCACAGAAUAUCACAAGACUGGACUCAGCUUCAAUCCAAAAGGUACUAGUUUGGCAGAGUCUGCAAUUCGCAUGUCAGAUAACCCAUUGCAAGAUGCUGCCAUCGAGGCAAACCGCAAGAAGGACCAGCAUGCUGGAAAAAAGAGUCAUGAUUUGAACACUGUCAAGGGAGGAAACACGGCUGGUAUUUUUUCCGAAUUAGCAAACCGCCGUUCGGAGGAUGGAUCGUCCGCAGCGACUGGUCUCAAGAAGGUAGGAACGCCAUUAUGGAGUCAUGAUCUCUUGUUGUACAAUCAUAUGUACAAGAAGUAUUUUGCACGAAUAUCACUCAUAAAUUGACUAUUUUCCACAAAUUCGACAUGCAAUUUUCUUCUCAACAAUCCCAGGUUACAAAAGAUCAACAAACGUGGCGGAAAGAAUUCAAGGGCGAGGUGAAUAAAAAGAUCGCAGUCACCUCUUCUAAUUCGCCAACUACACCGAAAUCAGUGAAAAAGAAAAAGGUUGGUCUUCCCGUUCUCGAGUACCAAGAACGUGGAACCAAGUGGAUUAUCGAAAACCAUACCAAAGACACUGCUAAGGCUCACUCAACAAACGGCUUAUUAGAGGUCGAGAUCACGGACCCAAAGCAACAAGUUUACAUAUAUAACUGCGAAGAAGUCACAAUCAAAAUCAAAGGAACCAAGUUUAAGUCGGUCGUCGUCGACAAAUGCACGAAGGUCAAUGUCAUCUUUCCUACAAUUAUUAGUGGAUGUGAAAUCGUCAAUAGCAAAAAGAUUGCAGUUCAGAGUGACGGAAUUUGCCCCGUGUUUUCAAUUGAUAAGACAGUGGGUGUUUCGGCUUAUUUGAGCAAGGAAUCAGCCGACAUUUCGUCCUUCACGACUAGCAUGAGUUCCGAGAUGAACGUUUCAAUUCCAGACGGGGAUGAUUAUAAAGAGAUUCCUAUUCCAGAACAAUUUUUCCACAAGAUUACGAAUGGUGGCUUAACCUCGGAGGUUUCUGAAUUAUACAGAUAGAAAAUGUUUGGAAUCUUAGUGAGGAACUUUGUCGAAUCUGAUCAUCGCUUCAGGUGUAAUACAAAAGCGAAACCAUA